GCGGGUGCGGGCAGACGGAGUGCGCGAGCGCCGUUCGCUUCCCCGCCGGCCAUGGAGCGCCGGACCUUUCCUCCCGGUGGCGCGGCGGCGGUGGACGAGUACCUAGAGUACCGGAGAAUUGUUGGUGAGGACGAUGGAGGGAAACUUUUUACUCCUGAAGAAUAUGAAGAAUAUAAAAGAAAAGUUUUACCUAUGCGCUUACAAAACAGAUUAUUUGUGAGCUGGCAGUCACCAACUGGAAUGGAUUGUAAACUUGUGGGCCCAGAGACACUGUGUUUUUGUACACAUAGGUAUAAACAGCAUAAAACUGACUUUGAAAUAAUUCCUGAACAGCGCCCCAUUGACCUGCCUUGCAGAGUGACUGGUUGCCAGUGCAAGGCUUACCAUUAUGUCCCUUUGAAUGGUACUCAGCCCAUUCGCUGCAGAUGCAAACACUUUGCUGAUCAGCACAGUGCUGCGCCUGGCUUUACGUGUAAUGCAUGUUCUAAAUGUUCAGGAUUCCAUAGCUGCUUCACUUGUGCUUGUGGUCAGCCUGCAUAUGCCCAUGACACAAUAGUGGAAACUAAGCAAGAAAGAUUGGCUCAGGGGAAACCAGUGGGACGAGAUGUUCCAUAUGCAGCAAUGGGAGGAUUAACUGGUUUUAGCUCCCUGGCAGAAGGCUACAUGCGAUUGGAUGACAGUGGAAUCGGUGCACCUUCAGUUGAAUUUUUAGAAUCUCCAGUUACAGCCAAGGACCACCCAUUUCUAAAAGCCUUUCAAGAAGCAUCUAUUUCUUCUCUAGAAACAUUGAAAGAUGUAGGUACAAGUAGUCAACUUUCUUCCUCAAGGAGACCUGAAGAGGAUGAUAUGGCUUUCUUUGAAAGACGGUAUCAGGAAAGGGGGUAAGGCAGUGAUGCUGCCUCUGGAAAUUGGUGUGUGUGAAUGUGAGUGGUGGUGAGUAAGAGGCAGGUGGGCAUUAUGUUCUCUGGGGUCUUUAAUCCUGUGGAUAAGGACUAUAUGAGUCUAAAAAGUUACCAGGCCAUAGAGUUUGAGGUAUGUGUGAGGCUGCUUUGCUUUAACUGUAAUAGAGGAGUACAAGAUCUUUAGGAAGGUAGUUGUGGAAUGUAGAAACCAUAAUUAUAGAAAAGCAUCCUUAAAGCAGUCCAUGUUCCAGAGAUAAUCCAGCUGAUUAGGUGCAUUCUGUAACUUUGUAGGAAAUGUGUAUAGAUUGGCUGUAAAGUUAGGUGUUUCAGCUUUUUAUUAAUUUUUAAUUUUAGUAGCAGUUGAAAUUCAUUCUUUUGUCUAAAGCAAUAUUCAUGUAUAUGUUAUUUUUAUUAAAAUGCUUUUGUACAGUUAAAAUCAAACCACUUUAAAAUAUGUCGUUAUGUCCCUUUAUCAAAUUGUGACUUUAGUAUUUAUCAGCUUAAUGAAGGCUGUGGUAAGUAAGACACGAAUCCAAAAAAGAUUUGUGCACCUUUUUUUCCUUCAGAAUGGUUUACAAAUUAUUAUAUCAAUAAAUAUUUUAAAUUUACAGAUAAAAAUGGAAAAGACUGCUAAGCAGAAAGGAAAAGCUCCAUUGCCAUCUUCCACAAAACAUUCAUGAAGACUACUGGAGAAGUUAAACCACAAUUCCAAUAUACAGUUUUCAUGUUUACUUAAAUGUAAUAAUACAGUUUCUUUUCUCUUGACUUAUUUAUUUGCUAUAUAAAUGUAUUUUUUAGGCGUUUCCCUAAUUUAUUUAAAUAAGUGAAAAUGCCUUAUAUUACUUCUUUCAAAAUUCAUGAUUAACAACUUUGUAUAUAUUUUUACUCUUUCCUGACAAAUGAGGUUAUUUUUUAUUUUUUGAGACAGAGUCCUACUAUGUCACCCUUGGUAGAGUACUGUGGUGUCAUGGCUCACAGCAACCUCUAAUUCUUGAGCUUAAGCAAUUCUCUUGCCUCAGCCUCCCAAGUAGCUGGGACUACGGGCACCUGCCGCAGUGCCUGGCUAUUUUUUUGUUGUUAUUAUUGUAGUUGUCAUUGUUGUUUGGCAGGCCCGGUCUGGAUUCCAACCCUCCAGGUCCAGUGUAUGUGGCUGGCUCUCUAGCUGCUAAGGUAUAGGCGCUGAGCCAAAUGAGGUCAGAUCUUGAAAGUAUAGCAAAUACUUUCAGUAUAUCAUGACUUUUUCAGGCUGUUUAAAAAUUAAAGUAUUAUCAAGGGUUUUGAACAAAUAUAGAAGGUCCACUUUUUCAUUCAAAAAUAGUCUUCCACAGUGGUUGGGUGCCUGUAGCCACAGCUACUUGGGAGGCUGAGGUGGGAGAGGAUUUGCUUGAGCCCAGGCCAGGAGUUUGAGAUUGCAGUGAGCUAUGAUGACACCACUGCACUCCUGUUUCACCAAAAAAAAAAAAAAAAAAAAGAAAAAAUGAAAA